AUAAAAUAAAAUAUUUAUAAAAAUGUUAAUAAAUUCUAUUUUAACACCAAAUGUACCAUAAUUUAGGCUUUAUUUAGUUAAACACAUAUUUUAAAAUGAAAUCGCAACGACUGUUUAUUCUAUAUUAUUUUUCACUAAUUUUUGGCAUCUUUUAUUUGAAAUACCUUCAUCUCUUAAAGAAUGAGACAAACUCUCUUAACUUACACCGGUUGAAACUAUUUUUAAAUUUGAACCCUAAGUUUUUUAAAUACGACUAUAUUCUAUAUUACGACCCUAAUAAUCUUCUAACCAAGAAGAUUUCUGUAAAGUUAAGCAAUUUCUUAUCUUCUAAAGGGGUAUCCUCAUCAUUGUCAAAUCUCGACUCUAAUUCCUUCUAUCUUUUAUCUGAGGACAUCUCAGACCAUGAUUCCGAAGAUUCUACUUCUCUUGAUAAGAAGUUUGUGGUCGUUGUUAACUACGAGGAUGCAAACAAAAAGACUAAAUUCACUCUCCGCGUCAAGGGCGGAAACACGCUCAUUUUUACAAUAAACUCCACCACAGUUUACUCAGAAGACCUGGUCCAAAGAAUAUUUUCCUUGGCAAGCAAGUUAUUUUUCGAUACCAGUGGCCUGAAAAUGAAGGAAUAUAAACCAUUUCUCGAUUUGAACUUUAUUCUGCUGAGUGACAAGGGUCGUGUUUCCUGGGACUUUACCAAGGAUGUUCUUUCUCCUUACAUGAAUAACCUUUUGUCCUCAUUUUCCCUCUUCUAUGAAGUGAACUUACACAGCAGAGUCAUUUCUAACGUCGACUACUACAAGAAGAUGGUCUUAACUUCCAACAGGGAGGAAUCCGAAGAACAAAGCAACGAAGCAGUCUUUGAGUUAAGGAACCAGGAAACCAAUUUUUAUAACUUUUUUGAGGGAAUUUCCAACACUGAUAUUUCAAUGAAGGAUCAACACUCCUUCAGACACUCGCUGAACUUUUUUGUUAUUCUAUCCUCAAGGCCUACUUUUCUAAAAGAUCCCUUCACCGGUCAAAAACGUGACAGUUUCACAAUUGAUAAUCUAGGAGUAUUUACUUUUUUAAAUAAUCGACCCCAAUCUGAUCAUUACAAGUUAACUGAAGAGGAUGUUUCCGAACUAGUAUCGACUUGGGCAACAUACAUUCGACACAUGCACAGUCUUCCAGCCAGCUUAAGUGAAUAUGUGCUAUGGCUAUGUAACUUAGACGAAAAUGUGAAGAUGAUUUCAGACACUGAAUACCUGAUUUCAAAGGGCUCAGAUUCUAACAAUAUAUCCAUUUCUGGCUCAUUUCAACUCACGUUUGACACUCCGUCCAAUGUCUCAUUUUACAGGUUUGAGCUACUCAAACUUUCCAAGUUUUUCUACCAUUGUUACAUUAAGGGGGCGCUUAUAAACUUGAAGAAAUUGUCUCAAGUUAAGAAGGUUUACUUCAACAACCAGGUUCCUAAAUCCACAUCUGAAUUUGUCAAGAACACUUUCUACGCUCUUGAGUAUUCGAUGGGUCACCUCUUCUCACAAUCUGAGAACUCUCUCGACACUUUGUUUCCCAAUCUUGGCUCCAUGGACAUGAACCAGCGGGCCUUGUGUCUGGCUAGGUUUGCCUAUUCUCAGAGUCUUGAGGCUCUUUCUGACGACCAGAUGUUCCCCAGGAACAUUCUUUCCCAUGAACACAACCUCGCUGUUUUCAUGUGUGACGUUUUCCCCUUUGUCUUCCCAAUUUUAAUCUACUACAUAAGGAUGGGUGUCCAAAACCUAAAGUCACGCUAAUCUACUCUGUACAUUAUACGACCCCAACACUAGUUAGUACUAUUAACUGCAUCAACUGUAUUAUUCCU